GUCAUGGUUUCGGGCUAUUAAACGCUGCAUCGUCCCUGUUCGCCAUUUUGGAUUGGAGUUGGGGGAGUCAUCCUUUUCAACUAAUUGUCAGUAAUCUGCUUCCAUCCGUCCCUGCAAAAUUCACAAGGACAAACUCAUCUUACUAAAAUACAGAACCCAUAAGGACGGGCCGAGGGAGCGGACCGUUCCCUGGGUGCAGUGCAGCAAAGUGCUCAAUGACUUCUCCUCGUCAGCAUGUCCACGGUUUCGGGGCUACCUUCAAAGGGGGAGAAAGGAAAGCCAAAGUAUCUGGCAUUGGACAUAAAUAAUAUCUACAAAGGAAAAAGCUUAGAGAACCCUAAAACCUCGGCGGCCCCCAAACAUGGCUUGCAGUCAUUGGGGAAAGUUGGUGCGGGGAGGCGUAUGCCACCUCCUGUCAACCUUCCAAGUCUAAAAAGUGAGAACAGUGGAAACAAUCCUAACAUAAGCUUAGUACCAAGUGGAGGUCAAGGAUGGGGGAGUGCGGGAAAAGAGAAAGGAAAGUCGCCCGAAGAAAACAGCAGUGGCCCACAGCAGCAGUCGCAACACUCACAAUCACCUACUUCGCAUUCACAAGGACCGCCUGCAUCAAAGCAACCACAGCAGCCACAGCCGCAGCUGCAGCCACCGCAACAGCAGCAGCCGCCGCCGCAGCAGCAACAGGCGCCAGUGGCCACAAGCACCAGUGCUCCAGGGGGUCCGGGAAGCGGGGUAACAGUUGGGGGAGGCGUUGGCAGCAGCGCUGGCGUCAAGACUUGGAGCAGCGUGACAUCCAGCCAAGAGGGUGGUGGUCCAGAACGCAACUUCUUGGGCCAUCAGUCGCCAUUUUUUCCUCAGGAAUUCCCCAAGCUAGCUGGUGGCGAUGUGCCCAUCGACGGGACCCAGAGGUCGGCGACAGACUCUCAGUAUGGACCUGGCCCCAGCCUGAGACCACAGAUGGAAGGAACCUGGAGCCGGGGCACGCUUCAGCAGCAGCCGCCGCCCCAGCAGCAGCAGCAACAGCAGCAGCAGCAGGUUCCGGGGGGCGGCAGUGGAGGGGGUGGUGGCGGGCAGGGCUGUGGCCCACCCGGCGGCCUGCCUCCGAGCAGUGGCAGUGGCGUGAACGGUCAAGCAUCGUUCGCAUCUCCGCCAAGGGGAGCCCUCCCCUCAGGUGUGCCGCCCGGUGGUGGACCUCCUUCAUCACCAGCACAGCCCUCCUAUAGGCAACAGGCGGUGCCACCUUUUGUACAGGUUUAUGGACGUGGGUUUCCUGGAAACUAUGCCACAAGCUUCUCUAGUGUGCCUGGAACUGCUCGCCCACCCUAUACUUACUCCGAUAGUAGGGUUCGAGGCGUGAGAAAUGCACCUGAUGAGGAUGGCUACCAGCGGCCUGCUAUCAUCAGUGAAAAAGACCUCAAAGGAUUUGAUGAAAUUCUUCAGAAUGACUCCCAAGAUGGCUGGGCAGCUGCCAAGGGGGACAUUGACUAUAAUGCUAAACUGGUGUUCAGUGAUGAGGAGGAUGCUGGGGGCAGCAGUCGAAGCGCAGCUCCCAAAGGGUCUGAUGUUGUUCAAGUGUCUGAAAGUGGCAAGCCUGUGGCCAUGAAGGGUUCUGAGAAGGGCGAGUGCAGGCCUCCAGUACCAGCAGGACCUAAGCUUCCCCCAAGCCGCAGUCGGGAGCCUGGCUGGGAUGCCUCAUCUGGGCAGCAGUCUGCCCAGCAGCGCACUGGCCGAGAGCCACCUCCUACACAGACCUCUGCUUAUAUGGACAGAGAGGAACGUGGGCGCAAGACGUGGGGUGCCCCAGGGAGUGCUGAGCUGCAGCCUCAGCCCCCGGCGCUGUCGCAGCAGUCUCAGCAGGCCCCAUCGGCACAGACAGCCCCUGUGCGCCAGUGGCCGCAAUCUCCACAAGGGGCACCGCCUCCUGCAGUAGCCCCAGUAGCUGCAGCACCCCGUGCAACAGGUGCCCCACCCUUGGACUAUCUAGCCAGGGGAACCCCUCCUCCUGCUACUACACCCCCUGCCCUGGCAGCUGCUGGCUUCACCUCAGGGCGUGUGGGGCCUCCUAUGCCCCCCCAGCAAUCGUCACACCAUUCUGGAUUUGGUGGUGGUCCGGUGGCACCAUCUCGAGGUAGUAGUCGCCAAGGCCUUGACCAGCUGACUGGUGAUGAGGAGGAACUGUGGCGGCAGCGACGACAGCAGCAUAAUGAUGAGAUGGCGGUGACUGUGGAGCGUACCAGACAGCGUAGAGAAGAGGAGGAGAAGCGUUACGAGCAGAUCAAGCAGUCCUCCGCCGCCACGGCUGCUGCCGCCAACGCUGCCGGCCAGCAACAGCAGCAGCCGCAGCAGCAGCAGCCCAGUGUGCCUGAUGAGUCCACAUCUGUGCCUGCUGAAAAAGAAGACCUGGAUCAGCGCUCGUGUCAUUCAAGCGAGAGUCGGGAGGAGGUCCGAGGAGGCACACUGCUGCCUAGUCGGGAGAGGCCAGAUUUUAGGCAGCAGCCAUUGGGUGGCUAUCAGCAGAAUUAUCAACGUCCAUUCAAGAAUAUGCCUCCACGAUUUCUCAAGAAGGCUGAGAUGCAACGUCAGCAGCAGUUACGUCAGCAGCAACAGCAGCAGCAGCAGCCGCAGUCUCAGCAGCAGCAACAACAGCAACAGCAGCCACAGCAGCCUCAGCCACAGCAAACAAGUGGUGGUCUGGCUCCGCCGCAGACUCCCUCAAGCCUUGGAAGCAUGGGUGGGGUGAGCUAUGACCCUCGUUGGGUGGCCAUGGGAGCAGGAGGGCCCUACCUUGGUCAGCUGGGCAUGGGUCCUUUGAAAGCUCUUGGUGGCCAACGUCCUCCUGAGCCAGAGGGAGGCACUUCCUACCCCAGUGCUGACGAUCGUCCCUAUGAGUCUCGGGAAGCUCGGCCAUUGGAGUGUUGGCCUCCUGGAGCUGGACGUCCUGCUCCGCCACAGGCAGACCGACCGGCACAGGCACUGGCUCCCCCCAUGGCACCGCCACAUGUGUCACCAGGUGGACCAUAUGACAACUGGCGACCAUCUGUGGCACCUGUGUACUAUGGUAGCCAGGUUCCUGACUUUGGUAGGGCCGCUGCCAGCUAUGAUCAGCGGUUGGAUUUCCCUUCAAAAAGGCCUGACAAAGAGGAAACUGCUUUUGAGAGCCGCUCACGUGGUGAUUCAUUUAGAAAAGAGAGAGACUUUGAGGACAAACAGCAGCGUGAAAAACGUGAAAACAGGGACACUAUAGGAGCCUGGUCCAGCACAAGAGAAUAUGAUCAGAGAGUUCCUAGAGAUAAAUGGGAGCGAGAGACUCGGCCCUCGAGGCCCGACAGCAGGGACAGUCGUACAAGCAGAGAUUCCCUGAGGGAUGAGAGGGCUAUGCCUCCCGCUGAUCAACGGCAAGAGAUGCCAUUGCCGCAAAUGGAGCCGCAUCGUAUUGCAGCUGAGCGAGUAAAGGAUAAACCGCAAGUGGCAGACUGGUCUGACACUCCAUACUCCUCUGCUCCUGGUGAAAGUAAGCGGCGGGAUUGGCAUACACACCAUCCACCUCCUGUUACUCAGCAGCAGCUGGACAGUGCAGGUCCAAGCAAGAAGAACUUUGUGCCACUACGACGGGGUGGAGUUGCAAAGGAUGAUGGAAAGGACGAUGUCAAGGAAGGAAAGGUGGAGGAUAACUCCCGUGCAGAUGAGGACAAGGCAAAGGAAGCUGCUAAAAAAGAUGAUGCUGAGAAGCGUAUGCCUGCAUCUCGUUCUCGUGGGGGAAGUGGGGGAAGAUUUGAAGCAAACAGAGGUGGCCGUGGGGGCCGUGGUGGUAAUGGCUACAGCAGUGGCAAUGUUGGUUACAGAGGGCGCAGCCGAGAGUAUCGUCGGAGUAGGACUGAGCGUGGGCCCCGCUUUGACCGCAAAAAGGACGAUGGUAGUGAGAGUUCUGGUGUUGAGGAAGAGAAGCCCAUCAAUCGGUUGCGGCCCAAGGAUGAGGAAAGUGAGGGUUCUGAGGAGGCCUGUCCAGAUUCUGUCCGAAAAAAUAGGACAGCAAAAGAGGUGGGUCGUGCUCGCGAGCCUCGCCGAGAUGAGGCUAAAAACAAAGAAGAGAAAAGCGCCUUCUCUCCUCGAGGGGAGCCUUCACGGCGAGGUCGUGGAGGUGCGAUGGCGUUAGGCCGAAGCUCCAGAGGUCGAUACCAAGCUGGGGGUUAUGGGCCGCCGACUUUAAAAGCUCCAUUUGGAAAACCUGAGGAUGGCAACAAGGAGGAAGAAGCAAGCAAAGACGGAUCUACCAACCAAGUAAACAAGCCACGGUCUAACAGUAGUCGUCCUGUUGUGCGGCGCCCCAAUCGCAUGGAGCCACUGCCACCACGCUUUCAGAAAAAUCAGCCUCGCAGACAGGACAAUCCUGAGAGGAACAAGGGACGAGGAAGUCGCGGUGCAGGACCAAGUAAGGAUGCCCUGUCCGAUGUUGCCAAUGAAGACUGGGAAACUGCUUCUGAAAGCAGUGAUGUGGCAGAUAGACGAGGCUUCGACGAAGGUGUGCGCCAACAGUCAUCGGGAUCCAAGAAGGGCUUGCCCACUAGCUCGAAGGCCCCUGGUGGAGGUCAGGAACGUCGCCGAUCUGGUGGGGAGGUACGCCGAGGGGGAGGAGGAGCUCCUAGUGACCGCAAUGGUCGAGGCGUUGUGCAACGCAGAGACUCCGGAGGUGGCGGGCCACCUGCCAGAAUGGGCCGUGGGGGUGGCUCACGGCCAGGAGGUCGGUCACGCCAGCAGCAACAGCAGCGGCCAGGAGAUGUGAGUGCCAAGGGAGAGCCCUCUCAAGCCACCAUGGUGUACCGGAUGGAUGAGGUGAAGCUGCAGGACCCAGUGGGAGUUCAAGCUGCUCUCACUGACAUGAGCGCCAGGAAACACACCAAAAAGUCUGAGCAAGGGCAACCAAAUGGAAAACUUGAAAAGGAGAAGCCAAAUGCUCUGGAAGGAAUUGACCUAAGUAACUAUGCUGGUGUCGUCGUUAUAGAUGACCACCUAGCCGUGACUGAUCAGUCUCAGUGUGAUGGUGAUGACGGAGACUUUCAAGAGGUGACUUCAAAGAAACGUCACAAGGUUUUGACUGAGGGAGACUCCAAGAAGAAGAAAGAGACGAAAAGCAAAACUAGUGUGCAUGGUCGGCAAAACAAGCUUCCCCCUCGCCUAAUCAAAAAGCGGGAAUCUGACCGCUUGUUUUCUUCAAAGACUGAGUGCCAGCCACCACCGAAGACUGAUGGAAGUGCCACAGAAUCUGCCGAUACCACCACUGUGAAGCCUCAACAGCAUUGUAGCUUCAGUUCGAAAGAACUGGCUCCAUCGGGUGUUCUUCGACCAGUGGUGAAUGCGUGGGAAAAGCCAAUCACCCAUGCACUGCGAGGAGGCAGCCCUCCGUCGUCAGCCUCACAAUCGAUGUCUGCUCCAGCUGUGUCCUCUGCAGACGUUCUUGUUUCCUCCAAGUCGAGCAGCUUUGAUAGAAGCAGUGAUCAACAUGACAGUGGCAUUGACGUGAGCGACCUGCCAGCCUCAGCCGCGUCAUCUCAGCGCUCUUCGCCUAGUAAUGAUGGCAAAGCUCCACUCCUUGGAACCAGUCCAAAAGGCUUGGCUGCCAUACCUGUUGGUGUGCCACCUUCUGCUGUGCCACCUUCUGCUGGGGGCGCGUUCGGCCGGUACACUAGCUCCACGGCUGCAUGCGCUGGAGCACGGAAACCGAGCGGCUGGACGACACUUCGGCAUCGAUCGACGCGUGACCACGCAUACAUUAAGGCUGUGGGCGUGGACUCCAGCAAGCCUAUGGGCACUGUCAUAUUUGAAAACAAAAACUUCAAAGCAGAAAACGCAGCUCUGGACAAGUUCGAGUCUCAAACCAAGUCACAGGAACCAGGCUGUUCAAAUGCUCCCAUGCUGCCACCAGUUGCUUCAAAGGCACCAAAUGACACAGUUGAGCCUAGCAAAUGCAAGGGUGAAGACACCGUUGACAUGAAGCUGGACUUUACAUUUGACUCUGAAUUGGCCCAGUUUAGUGAUGAAAAGCAGGCUAAACACAUAGCUAUUACACGGUCACUAUCCAGUGAAAUCACUUCUGCCAACUCUCCCAUUUCACCUUCUACGGAUGACCUGAAUCUGAAGAUAGCAUCUGUAAAGAAGGUCUGGGAAAGCAUGGGGCCCCUGCCAACAGUACUGGAGCACAGUGCAGUCUCGGUUGCGGGGGACGACACUGGCAGUGCUGCAGUACAGGCCCAGAGCUUUGGCUCCUUUGGAGGCUCUGCUUCAUCAGACACUUCUUUUGGGACGAGCAGCACGGCAACUGAAAGCAUGGCUCAGCAGGGUCAAACAGAGCCAACACAGGCACCUAGUGAAGCUGCCUUUGGAUCUGUGUCUCCACUAAAGCCAGCUACAGCGUCCCCCCUGUCGCACCAUGUGGCAUCUGUAGUAGGUGCUGGCCAUCACACUUCUACCAGUGGUCACCCCCACCACCCUCAUCACAACCAUCACCUCCAGCAGCAGCCUCAAGUGCAGCCUCAGCAGCAUUUGUCUUUGGCAGUCCAUCAUCAUCAUUCACAGGCCCAUGGUAGCUUGCAGACACCUCAACAGCAGCAGCAACAACAGGCCAUGAUGCGACAAACUCACCAGCCACACACCAUGCUGGAUCAGCAGAAUUUAUCGAAGGUGAGGGCCCUGCACGCACUGAGCCCACCGCCAACAGCAGCAGCAUCGUCCUUGGCUGGUUUGGAUGUAAGGGCCAUGGCAAACCUUCAGGUGGCAGGCAUGCAACAGGCAGUGGCUAGCCCUCCUGCUGCUUUGCUAUUUACAAGCACCCAACAGAUGACACAGCCAGCGGCACUGUAUCAGACCCUGCUUCAGGACCCUGUGCCUCGUCCUGUAGCCCACCAGUUCUCACAGGCUACUCAUGGCUAUCCAGCUCCACCUUACCAGAGUUUUAACCAAGGGGGCAUGUUUGUGCCCCCUCCACCAACACACUCUGGGCCGGACAUGUUUGCAGCCACUGGAGCUGCUUUGCGGCUACAGCCCACGUACCAGACGGGGCCCACAAGUCAGGUGCUGGGCCAGCAAAGCCUACCAACUGCACCACAGCUGUUGGGAUCUGGCCGUGCAGCUCCUGGGGGGGCACCUCUGGGCACCUCGUACUACCCAUCCCAGGGUGGCUACUACCCAUCUCAGCAGCAGAACCAAGCACUGGCCUUUGGCUCGCAGCCACCCCUUCAUCGCACCUUCCAUCCACCGCCCUUCAAAUCUUUGGAGCUUGCCACAGAUUUUGGUGCCACGCUACAGCCCAAGACCCAGGCAAACAAGGCCUUUCCCCCAGGAUCACCCUUCGCCUUCGGCCAGGGUCGGCAGUCUGCACCAUCCGGUGUAGCCACCACAGGGGCUACUCCGAAGGGAAGUUCCUUGCGACCACCACCAAUGCAUGUGCUGCCACUGCAUGCAAACCUGGUACGAGGCACCCCGCCGACUGCACCUACCAAGUAUCCUGCGCCUAUUCAAAGGCCCCAACAGGGUCUGACGCUGACCUCUACACAACAGGCCCGGGGUCAACCUGCAGCUGCGCUACGAGCUCAGCAGCCACCAGCACGUCAACUGCCCACCAGUGACCAGCAGGCCAAGCAGCAGGCUGAGGCGGUCAAACAAGCGCAGUUAUUCUUUGCCCAGUCCAAGCCAAUGGCCCCUGAGCCCACCACGGAAGAUGUGGUCAACGAAAGCUCCGACGACAAAGCUCCCAAAGAGGCAGCUGAGGAGUGAAGCUCACCAGCUGGGCUGGGACUGGCUGGCGCCUGUCAGGCCCUCACCGUCGCUUGGUUGUCUCUGGCAAAUCACGUGCUGACUUGCCUAUUUUUGUCUUUGCCUACACUGUCCCUGCUACCAUAAAGGACUGAUGUGGUCCACGGUUUAAUAAAAUGUGGUUUCUCCUAACCCACUCCCUGUCUAAUCUUACAUUUCGAUCACCUGUUGCCUUCAGCAAGGCAUCAAAGAUAGGAAUUCAUUUUUUUACAUGUGUGUUGAUGGGGGCAGUGGGGGAACAAGGGAAUUAUCUGUGUGCGAGCGUAAGUGUACAAUGCUACUGCUAAUUCAUAGCCCCCUUCUCUGUCCUGAGAGUUUUUGUUUUCUGGAAAAGGGUAAUGAAAUUGGUCUGGCGAGCUUCAGAUGGUAUAAAUAUUAUACAUAUGUAUAACAAUGUGCAACUUGCCUGUAGUGUAAUAAGUGUGUAACAUGCCUGUAUUGUAGCUGGUCGUGUUUUCAUGGGCAGGAGACUGCCAUGCUUUUUUGAAAUGACAAAUAUUUUUCACCUUUUUUGGAGGGUCUUUUAUUUUUGCCCUAUAAUAUGGAUUUUCCCCUAAGCAUGUUUGCCGCCUUCCCGUGGUUGAAUGUAUCUUUUUGAGUCUGUGUUUAUAAAGCAGGAAUGGUAGAAGAUUGGGUCACCAAGAACUUUUUUGGUUCUUGUGUAGGAAACAAUUUCAUUUAUGCCUCCUGUGCUUUUUUGUUGCAUGCUUUAGAUCUUUAUUUACAAGAGGAGGAGGAGGCAGGAAAGAAAGGCAGGCAAUCCCUCGUGCUAUGCCUGAUCCUAAAUGAUCAGGCAUAGCAUGAGGGAUUGCCUUCUUUUGAUAUCUUUUUAAAAUAUGUAUAAGUAUGCUGCACAAUUGUGCCUGCGCCAUUUGAAUGAAAUAAAUGUAUAAGUAUGCAGCACAAUUGUGCCUGCGCCAUUUGAAUGAAAUAACUACUUUUGUUACAAAAGAACACGGGGCAUUUGAUUGCCUUGUUUUUCUUUAAUAAGGAUUUUCAAUAAGUACGCAGCGUAAUUGUAGCUGCACCAUUUGUUGAAGUAGUAGUUUUGUUACAGAUGAACUGGAGGCGUUUUGGUGGUGUUUAAAAAUGCUUUAUGUGGCAAGAACAGUAUUGGGUGCACAAUGUACAUUUGGGAGUGAUGUGACAACUUAUCAGUUUAUACUGUGUAAUUAGUGUCUAUAAUGGUGAUAAACUGCCAUCAAGUUAAUUGGAUGUUGUCACAAUGGAAGUGUUGUGCAGUCAUUUUUGCCAUGCAGCAGGCUGGUAUCUAUGGCAAUGUCUUGUCCGUUGACUUCUGGGGAAAAGCAUGUGCUCGAAUUUUUUCCCUUCCCCCUUUUUUAAAGGUUGUGUGGUGAUCUGUCAGUUAGCAUUGCGCUGCAUUUACGUUUGUGUGGACUCUUCUAAUUACCUUGAAGGUACUGUAGUUCAGUGUAGGCGCUGGAAGCCAUGUGAUUCAUCUAGGAUCUGUGUGGCUGUCGUAAAUCCUUCCCUUCUCCAAUUUUCUUCCCCCCGGGAUACUUGCAGAAGUGUCAUUCUGUGCAUUUUUGUUGCCUCGAUUAUUUUCUAUUGAAAAUGUGAUGGGCACUUAAUUGUACGAGGAGAGUUGCUGUACGUAGUUGCUGCAAUAAAGCACGAAGGAUUAUGCAUCU